UCACACAGCUUUUGCAACCCAGCUCCAACCACUUAAAAUUUUAGUUCUCUUUUCUUUCCAAUUGGAGUAGCAGCAAUGGCUUCAGUUGAGGAAAUCAGAAACGCUCAACGUGCCAAGGGUCCGGCUACCAUCCUAGCCAUUGGCACAGCUACUCCCGACCACUGUGUCUACCAGUCUGAUUAUGCUGAUUACUAUUUCAGGGUCACCAAGAGCGAGCACAUGACCGAGUUGAAAAAGAAGUUCAAUCGCAUAUGUGAAAAAUCAAUGAUCAAGAAGCGUUACAUUCAUUUGACUGAAAAGAUGCUUGAAGAGCACCCAAAUAUUGGUGCCUACAUGGCCCCAUCUCUUAAUAUACGCCAGGAGAUCAUCACUGCUGAGAUACCCAAGCUUGGUAAGGAAGCAGCACUGAAGGCACUUAAAGAGUGGGGUCAGCCAAAGUCCAAGAUCACCCACCUUGUAUUUUGUACAACGUCAGGUGUAGAAAUGCCUGGUGCUGAUUACAAACUUGCUAAUCUCUUGGGUCUUGAUAACUCAGUUAGAAGAGUUAUGUUGUACCAUCAAGGUUGCCAUGCAGGUGGGACUGUUCUUCGAACGGCUAAGGAUCUUGCAGAGAAUAAUGCAGGAGCAAGAGUUCUUGUGGUGUGCUCUGAGGUCACUGUUGUUACAUUCCGUGGGCCUUCCGAGGAUGCUUUGGACUCUUUAGUUGGCCAAGUCCUUUUUGGUGAUGGGUCUGCAGCUGUGAUUGUUGGAUCAGAUCCGGAUAUCUCAAUUGAACGACCACUCUUCCAGCUCAUCUCAGCAGCUCAAACAUUUAUUCCUAAUUCACAGGGUGCUAUUGCAGGCAACUUACGUGAGGUGGGACUCACCUUUCAUUUAUGGCCUAGUGUGCCUACUUUGAUUUCCGAGAACAUAGAGCAAUGCUUGACUAAGGCUUUUGACCCACUUGGUAUUAGCGACUGGAACUCGUUAUUUUGGAUUGCCCAUCCAGGUGGCCCUGCAAUUCUUGAUGCAGUUGAAGCAAAACUCAAUUUAGAGAAAAAGAAACUUGAAGCAACAAGGCAUGUGUUAAGUGAGUAUGGUAACAUGUCUAGUGCAUGUGUAUUGUUUAUUUUGGAUGAGAUGAGAAAGAAAUCACUCAAGAAAGAAAAUAUCACCACAGGUGAAGGAUUGGAUUGGGGUGUUUUAUUUGGCUUUGGACCAGGCCUAACCAUUGAGACUGUCGUGUUGCAUAGCGUUGCCACGGGUACAAAUUGAGUUAAAAAAAAUGGUAAGAAAAGUCAUAAGGAGAAGCUUUCCAUAAAUCAAAUAAGAGUUAAUAAAGAUGUAUGUCUUCAAAGUUGUACUAGUCUUUAACAUCUUUUGUUCUUUACCAAUAAUUUGUAUAAUUGUGAUUCACUGAUUGCUGGAGGGCUUCCUUAGUGACCUCCAGUUCAAAGUAUGAUAUUUCAAGUUCUUAUAAUAUCAUUUUCUUGACGGAGUUCCUCAAAAUUUGUAUUAUGUGUUGUUACAAGUAUUAUAGAGAAGUAAAUAAAAAGAAAGAGUGGAACAACAGAUUGUGUUUUUA